AGACAGCAUUUAUUGUCUCCAGUGUCCCUCCGUGCAGUGAGAGCUAACUAGACGAGUCAGAAGUCAAGCGUUUUGUGUGAGUAGAAGAGGAAACACACAGGAUAGAAAAUAUGAUGUAGAAGAACUGGUUUUUUCCCCCUACACACGAAGGAAGAUCUGAGAUGUUACUUUUACACACAUGAAAAAGAAUGAAGUUGGACCUCAACCUCAUACCACAUCCAAAGAAUUAACUCAAAAUGAAUCAAAGACAUAAAUGUAAAAACUAAAACUACAAAUACUUAGAAGAAUCCGUAGGUAUAAAUCUUUGUGACCUUGGAUUUAGCAAUGAUCUCUCAGUUAUGACACCCAAAGUACAAGUAACCAAAGAAAAAAUACGUAAGUUGCACUUCACCAACGUUAACAGUGUCUGUGCCACGAGGCACACCAUCAAGACAGUAAAAAGAUCACACACUGAAUUGGAAUUUCCAAAUUGUAUAUCUGGUACUGGCCUUACAUCUAGAAUACAUAAAGGACAUUUAUGACUCAAUGAGAAAAAGCAAAUAACCCAGAUUUUAAAAUGACAAAGGAUCUGAACAGACGUUUCUCCAAAGAAGGUUCCUAGAUGGCCAAUAUUCAGGUAAAAAAAAAGAUGUUCAGUAUCACCAGUCAUCAGGGAAAGGCAAAUCCAAAGCGCAAUGAGGCAUUCCUUCUCACCGACUGGGACGACUAGCAUUAUGAAGAUGAACCAUAAGAAGUGUUGGCAAAGGUAUAGAGAAAUCGGGACUGUCAUUCACUGCUGAUGAGAGCACGAAAUGGUGUAUCCACUUUGGAAGACGGUCUGGCGGUUCCUCAAAAGGUUAAUUAAACAUAGAGUCAUCAUAGGACCCAGCAAUUCCACCCCUAGGUCCAUACCCAAAAGAAAAGAAAAUGUAAGUCCACACAAAAAUGGGUACACACGUGUUCAGAGCAGCAUUCUUCUUAAUAGACACAAAGUUGAAAUAACCUAGUUUCCAUCAAUUGAUGAAGGGAGAAAUAAAAUGGGGUGUGAUGGAAUAUUAUUCAUCCGUGAAAAAGAAACAUGAAAAUAUUACGCUAAAUGAAAGAAGCCAGUCAUGAAGAAUCACAUAGUCUAGGAUUCCAUGUGUCUAAAAUGUUCAGAAGAGGUCAAUCUAUUGAGACAGAAAGUAGAUUAGUGAAGCCUGCAGUGGGGUGGGAGGCAUUGCCUAGUGCUGUCUAAAAGGCACAAAGUUUCUUUGUGGGGAGAAUGAAAAACGUUCUAGAACUGUGUUAAUAAUCACAUGCCUUUGUAAAAAUGUGAAAAUUCACUGAAUUUUACACCUUAAGUGGAGGACUUGUACGGGAUGUGAAUUAAAUUUCAAUAAUCAAGCUGUUACCAAGAAAAAAUAUAUUACAAUCAUUCAACCCCAAUGGAUUCAUCCACUGUAUUCAUCAUUUUUCUGGUUGCAUUUCAUAUCCCCCUGCAGUUAGGCCCCAGUUUCCAAGUCUGAUUUCUUUUUCUUAGGUGGCCAAAAUUGACAUGCAUGCUUAAAAAUGUAUUGCUCACUGGAUUUAUUAGGUAUUUAAAGGUUUUUAGGAAAAUCAGAUGUAUUAAAUUUGGUAAUAUGUUUUGAAAUAUCUAAAGCAGUAGUUCCCAAACUUUGGGUGUGUGGGGUGGGGGUGGAGGAGGGGUUAAAAUUCCAAUCCCCAGGUAACACCGCAGGCACAGUAGCUGAAGUAAAAACAGGGCAUCAAUAAGUUUAAUGAUUUUCUAGGUGAUCUCAAUGUGUUGUAAAGUUUGUGAAAUCUAAUUAUUAAAUUGGGAAAGAUGUUUCACUAGGUUCUAACUUAUUAGACUUACGAUUUCAUUGUUUCUAAUGUGGGAAUAAAAUGGAAAUUUUACACAAAAACCGUAUUUUUAAGUUGAAUAAACAGGAUUGGCAAGAUGAACUUAAGAUAAAAAUGCUGAAAAUGUAUCGCUGAAUUUUAAAAUUCCUAUUUAAGUAUCGGAUAUCAGAAAUAAGGCUGUUUCGGUCGAAACACUGGUAAGCAUACUCUCCCCCAACAGCAACGUCCCCGAAGGCCUGGAAACCCCCGAGGGACAGCUGGGUCACAGUGUUUCACAAGCCGGUGCCCUGGGCCGCAGCAGAGUUCAAGUUCAGGAGCCGCGUUUCUUCUCAGCCGCGGCCCCGGAAAAGGAUCGCACCGGCCAGGAAGUUUUGUCUGGUAUCCCCGCAGCCCGGGCAGCGACUCCAGGGUGACUUGCUGGCCAUGCCCGCGUCGCCGCCGCUCGGAGGCGGGUGAAGCUCCGGGACGCGCGGAGCCGGGGAGACGCACGGUCGCCGCGCCGAGAUGGGCUCCGGAGCGCGGCGCGCGCUGCUCCUGCUGCUGCUGCUGCGGACCGUGGCGGAGCCCGGGCCGCCGCCGCGAUCCCACUCUCUGCGCUACCUCUUCAUGGGCGCCUCAGUGCCGGAUCUCGGGCUGCCCCUGUUUGAGGCCUUGGGCUACGUGGACGACCAGCUGUUCGUGUCCUACAGUCACGAGAGUCGCCGUGCAGAGCCCCGCGCCCAGUGGGUCCAGGGUGGGGCCACUAGCCAGCUGUGGCUGCAGCUGAGUCAGAGCCUGAAAGGCUGGGAUCACAUGUUCAUUGUGGACUUCUGGACUAUCAUGGACAAUCACAACCACAGCAAGGUAACGAAGCUCGGGGUGCUGUCCGAGUCCCACACCCUGCAAGUGAUCCUGGGCUGUGAGGUACAAGAGGACAACAGCACCAGGGGGUUCUGGAAGUAUGGGUACGACGGGCAGAACCAUCUGGAAUUCUGCCCCGAGACGCUGGACUGGAGAGCAGCAGAGCCUAAGGCCCAGGCCACCAAGCUGGAAUGGGAAGUGAACAAGAUUCGGGCCAAACAGAACAGGGCCUUCCUGGAGAGGGACUGCCCGGAGCAGCUGCAACGCUUGCUGGAGCUGGGGAGAGGGGUCUUGGACCGGCGAGAACAUCACCAUGAAGUGGCUGAAGGACGGGCAGCCACUGGAUGCCACGGACGUGGAGCCGAAGGAUGUGCUGCCCAACGGGGAUGGGACCUACCAGGGCUGGGCGGCGUUGGCCGUGGCCCCUGGGGAAGAACAGAGAUACACCUGCCAAGUGGAGCACCCUGGCCUGGAUCAGCCCCUCACUGCCGCCUGGGAGGCCCCGAUGUCUGGCACCCUGGUCAUUGGAGUCAUCAGUGGGAUCGCUGUUUGCAUCAUCCUCCUUUUUAUUGGAAUUCUGUUCAGAAUCUUAAGGAAAAGACAGGCUUCAAGAGAAGCCAUGGGGGACUAUGUCUUGGCCGAAUGUAAAUGAUGGACAGCCUGCGACGCCUUGUGGGGAGGAGAUGUGGAGACUCAAAGAGAGGGCACCGCUGUGGCCCUCUUGGUGUUCCAGAGCAGGACUGGACUGAAUGAAUGGGAACUGCACCAGGAAAUCUCUGCUUGCGUCCUGCCUUCUUCAUUUUUGGAAAGUUCCUCCCAUUUCAGUUUUUGAGUUCCCGCGUGCCAAAGAGCCCCAGCGCUGGCCGCGGGACAGAACAGGCUCCCUUGAACCACCAGCUGCCUCUAGAGCCUGCCUUCACUUCUGCAUCACUUCCAACUCCACGUGCCCAAGUCAUCUCAUCUCCUACCUCUGGAAUAGCGCUCCUGAAAUCUGGGGGGCACACGGUUCCUUUCAACAUCUGAGAAAAACAAUGAACUUUCUCCUUGGGACAUAACACUCUCAUGCCCUUACCAGAAUUUUGCACAUACAUUCAGGCAUUUCCUAGGCCCAUCCGAGUUUCCUUUUGGUCCCUUCUCUCUCUGUUGUCCAGUAAUUCACCUGUCACCGAGCCCUCUGGUCUCUUCCAUCAGAGGGUGAAGUGGGUCAGUGUAUAGCGGCAAAGGCCGUGCACUGCACAACCCAAGGAGGCACCUUUCCCAGAAGAGCCAUUGUGGAUGCCUCUGUUUAUUUAUGAUAGUUUUCCAGAAAGGGGGUGGAAAAUGUCUUGAAAGGGGUAUCUUUUUCUAUUUGGUAGCAAGUUGUCACAGAUUCACACAAACUCAUGAUUUACAUUAAUGCAUUCAUAGCGCCUCUCUGGUGUGCCAGGCUUGACGUAAUGCAGUCAUUUCCUACCCUGGUCUCUGCUAUUGAAAGGACAAUGAAAAUGAUCCUAAAAAUGAUAAUGGUAGUGAUAAGGGGGCUGACACUUACAUAUAUAUUU